UGAACGCAGAAUUGCCCGUCAUACACCAGCCCACUUGACAAGAUGAGGUUUUCUCAUCAACUUCUCGGAGGCACUGCCUUCGCCACGCUCUUAGGUCUAGGAGCGUCCUUUGGAAUGGGAUGGUCUACCCUACAACAAGAUCUAGAGAUGGCCGGGGUGAUGGGCAUCGACCCUGAAACCGUCUUCGCCGACCGUGCCGGUUUCAAAGCCGCUAUGAAACAUCACGCCGAAAAGAGCGGCGCACCAGAAGCGGAAUUCACAGAGAUUCCUAUCGACCAUGAGAACCCCGAUGCCAAGUACAAGAAUCGCUUCUGGGUUAACGAUUCCAAGUACAAAUCCGGAGGCCCGGUCUUCUUGUUUGAUGGCGGCGAGGCCAAUGCUCAACGCUACGCGGACUUUUAUCUUGUGAAUGAAACCUCGUUUUUCGUUCAAUUACUAGAAGAGUUCCACGGUAUGGGUAUCGUCUGGGAGCACCGAUAUUAUGGCGAAUCCAAUCCCUUCCCGGUCAAUCUCGACACUCCCGCCGAACACUUUCAAUACUUAAACAACGAGCAAGCAUUGGCUGAUAUCCCAUACUUUGCCAAAAAUUUCAAACGUGAGAACUUUCCAGACGAUGACCUGACACCAAAGUCGACACCAUGGGUCAUGAUCGGCGGCUCGUAUCCUGGAAUGCGAGCUGCCUUCACAAGAGACCAAUAUCCAGAAACUAUCUUUGCUUCCUUCGCUGCCUGUGCCCCUGUACAAGCUCAGGUUGAUAUGAGUGUUUACUACGAGCAGGUCUACAGGGGUUUGGUGGCAUACGGUUAUGGAAAUUGCACUAAGGAUGUCCGCGCUGCCUACAAGUACAUGGACUCAAAGCUUCGUCGGGGCGAGAGUGCUGCCGAGAUAAAGAAGCUUUUCCUUGGAGAUACAGCACAGAACAAUACCAAUGGCGACUUCACACAGGCUUUGAUCUGGACUUGGGCCACAUGGCAGAGUCAAGGACCAGACGGCGGAGUCGGACAAUUCUGCAACUGGCUCGAAACGGACCCAAAAACUAAUAAGACAGCUCCUGCUGAGGGUUGGGCGCCAACUAAAGGCGCCAAGGCAGUGGUAGAGCGGUUUGCAGCAUGGCCGGGUCUUGUUCCCCGUGUCAACGCCGCCUUUGAGACGAACUGCAAGGGCGAAAACCCAGACGAGCCAACCAUGUGCAACCUUGGAAAGAGAGUGGCAGAUCCGUCAGGUAUCGCUUGGACAUGGCAGUACUGCAGCGAAUGGGGAUACUUCCAGUAUCAAAACUGGCCACCCCACGAGAUCCUUUCCGAUUUCCAAACGGAUCGCUAUAUCCAGACGUCUCUUUGCUAUCGCCAAUUCCCCGAUGGCCUCAAGAGCGGCUACCUUCCACGCCGCCCUAAGGCCCGCCAGACGAACAAGGCCACCGGCGGCUGGCAUAUGCGUCCAUCCAAUACUUACUGGAGUGGAGGACAAUAUGACCCGUGGAGAUCUCUCUCCCCGCUUUCGCAAGAGUGGUUUGCCCCGAAGGUCGACAUCAUCACUGAAAUUCCGGAGUGCAAUAAGCCAACAUCGCCGCGGGAGAUCUUUGGCUACAUAGUUCCAAACGCGCAGCACUGCUAUGAUUUUAGAUCCUACUUCGAGGCGGGAGAAAAGUCCAGACAGUUGUGGAGAGCUGCAUUGCACAAGUGGCUUCCUUGCUUUAAGAAGCAGGAAUAAAUCUUGGGAUACUAUAUAAUAAAUCGGAUGACGCUUUGCGAAUCCGUUAAUGGGAAUGGGUGCACUUGAUGUAAUUGUAUAUACACUGAAUUCGUGAGAAAUCUACACCUGAAUCCCGGGCUUCCA